CUGGUAGACAAAUAGGACAAAUGUGCUAGAUUUCUCUAGGUAGGAAUAUCGCAAAAAAAAAUAUGAUCAAUGGCUCAUUCGAGAGAAGACAUCCUUCCGAGUUAUGACAUCGGCCAGUAUUGAAAUCUGACAUCAGUGACAGGAAUGCUAGAUGUUUUCGCGAUCUAAAAGUACUAUUCCAAUGAACUUUCAGUGUAGCGGGAGAGACUUUAUCACAGUGCUACAUCAUACCGGACGAAUUUCUACCUGCUUGAACGCCAAUAAAUUACACGUGAAAACAUGAAACUACCCAGGGAAUCAAUAGAGCAUCACUCGGAGAUGCACAAAAACAAUAUAACAUUGAAAAUGGGUGAACCUUUCCUUUAAGAUAGUGAGAGUGAAAUACCGCUAGUAAGCAGUUUUCUUGUUGGACAGUUCUGUUCAGCAACGAUUCCGUUUCCUCAAACCAUUUCCUAGUAGGACGGGUAUGUGCGUAAAGAGAGAGGAGAAACGUGACGUCACGGAAUAGCUUUCUACCCCCAAACUCUGGUUUGGUUUUUGCAGAUUUUAAUCGAAUAUAUAAUUUACGUCUCUCGUUUUAAUUUCUUCAGCGUGUGUUGUGUUUCAUAAAGAAUAUCGUCAUAUAAUGCAAUUGAAGAACGUUGCAUAGUAACAGCAUUCCUGGUUUUGGAAGAAAAAAAAAGAGGUGCGGGGGCGGUGGGCUAUAAAGGCUACGAGCGCAAAGCACACUGGGAGGGAGAGUCGGUUUUGGCGUAAUUUCACUGUUAACCGACCCAUGCAUUGGGCGCUCAAGGAUAAUUUCUAAGGUGUUGAGUUUUAGUCUGAAUUAUAUUUAUUUCCAACUGGAGGAAAAUAUCAAAUUGUAAUGGCAGAAAACAAUUUCCCUCCCCUGCCUGGCUUCAUCCCUCUGAAGCCGUGUUUCUAUCAGGACUUCAAUGAGAUCCCAGAUGUACACCGCUCCAUCUGCAAGAAGCUCUACUACCUAUGGAUCUUCAACAGUGCCACCUUGGCGGUCAAUCUGAUUGGCUGCCUGGCAUGGAUGUGCGGCGGGGGCGGAGCCACUAACUUUGGCAUGGCUAUUCUGUGGCUCAUCCUGUUCACCCCCUGCUCCUACGUGUGCUGGUUCAGACCCAUCUACAAGGCCUUCAAGACUGACAGCUCGUUCAACUUCAUGGCGUUCUUCUUCGUGUUCAUGGCCCAGGUGGUGAUCAGCAUCAUCCAGUGUAUAGGCAUUCCAGGCUGGGGUAUCUGUGGCUGGCUGGCUACCAUCACCUUCUUCAGCACCAAUAUAGGCUCCGCUGUAGUCAUGCUGAUCCCCACCAUCAUGUUCACUGCCAUGGCUGUCCUCUCCUUCACCGGGCUCACCAAGGUGCACAACAUGUAUCGUGGCACUGGGGGCAGUAUGAGUAAAGCCCAGGAGGAGUGGACCACCGGGGCCUGGAAGAACCCUCACGUCCAGCAGGCGGCGCAGCAGGCCGCCGUGGGGGUGGCACAGGGAGCCAUGCAGCAGCAACAGCCCCAGUACUCACAGGCACCCACCUACAAUUAUGACGACCCGGGCAUGUAGGGCAGGGAGGAGGAGAGGGUGGGAGAGAAGGGGUGAGGAAUAGCCAGGGUGACAGUCUGUUUCUGAUCUCGCGUCAGUUGUUAUGAGAGCAGAAACCGAGCCUCCCAGGCUAGGUGAGGGACAGACUGGGGAGAUGAAAAGGGAUGAUCAUCAAAUGAGAACCACAAUUCACGAUUACAUUCAGAUAAUUCUUAGAUAACAAAAAUAAAUACAGUGGGGAGACAAAGUAUUUGAUACACUGCCGAUUUUACAGGUUUUUCUACUUACAAAGCAUGUAGAGGUCUAUAAUUUU